AUGUCAUCAGUGGUGUAUUACAAGUUCUUACAUCAGAAGAACAAGUCAGUGAUCUAUUUUGAUGGAACUGCCAUAACGGUAUUUGAUUUGAAACGAGACAUUAUACUACAGAAUCAACUUGGAAGUGGUCAUGAUUUUAAUUUAAGAUUAUAUCAUUCUGAACAACCAGAGGUUGAAUAUGAAUUGGAUCAAGAUUCUAUACCAAGAUCAUCAUAUGUUUUGGCAAAGCGAUCACCUGCCAUUGCAAAAGCUGGUAGAGCUGCUAAUGCUUCCAGAUAUAUUACUGGUAAACCAAGAGUAAAUAGAAGAGUUAUUAAUACUACCAAUACCAAUAAUUCAGCUGCUUUAGCAGCUUCUGCCAAUAAUACAACUACUGAUAUAGCGUUGGAUGAUACUAUAUCUGAAGCUGAUAAGAUUAAAUUAAUCCUUGAAAAGCAAUCUGCUUCAUGGACUCAAACUCAAGAUGAAUUGGCUACUCAUAAGAUGGUGUAUAAUAGACCAUCAGCAACUUCAGGUAAACCAGAAGAUGCUCCUCCUCCAGGUUAUAUUUGUUAUCGUUGUGGUAAGAAGGAUCAUUGGAUUAAGAAUUGUCCUACUAAUAAUGAUCCUAACUUUGAAGGUAAGAAGAUUUUAAGAACCACUGGUAUUCCUCGUUCAUAUUUAAAAACCAUUAGUAAAGAACAAUUUGAAAAACAAAAGGAAUCAAGUGAAGUAUCUACCAAUGAUAAUGGUGAUUUGGUUGAUAAAGAUGGUCAAGCUAUUUUAAUUACUGAUGAAGGUGAAUAUGCCGUGGCAGUGGCUGAUAGUAAAACAUGGAUUACUUAUCAAGAAAAACAACAAAAUGCAGCUCUUAAAGCAAGACAAGAAUUUGAUGCUAAAAUUAUAGAAGCAAUUGAACAAGAUAAAAAGUAUGAAUUCUUGGAUCCAUUAAUUAAUCCUAAUAAUGAAAGAGUUAAACGAUAUUUAAAGAAUCCUAUUGUUAUGACUCCUUGUUGUCAAGAUAAAUCUAGAUUACAAAAAUUAACUAAUUUCAAUUAUAAUCAAACUGAGUUAGAACAAGUAUUAAUUGAAAAUGAUUUCCAUUGUCCAAAUUGUGGUACAGAAGAUAUUUAUAUUGAUGAUUUAAUUCCAAAUAAGUCAUUAGAAGAAGAAUUAGCAGAGUAUAUUAAAGGAGUAGAGGCUAAAUUAGGGGUUGAGAACCCAUUAAAAAGACCUGCACCAGGUGAUGAAGAGAAUGGAGAAGGAGACGAUUCUAAGAUUCAAAAGUUGGAUUUACCAGUAAGACCAAAUGUUUUUACACCCACACCAGUACCAAUACCAGGUCAACCACCAAUGGGAUUACCUAUACCUCCAUUUGGUAUGCCACCAAUACCCAUGCCAAUGCCAGGUAUGCCAAUACCAGGUAUGCCUAUGUAUAUGCCACCACCACCUCCUGGUAUGCCAUUAUCAUUCCCUCCUCAACCUCCUCAGAACAGUAAUAAUAAUGGUAAUGGUCAUGUACAAUAG